CUUUUGAAAGCGAGUGAAUAGCUAGCAACGUUGGUUAGUCUCUUUUCCCCGCGUUGGAGGUGUAGCCAUUCAAAAUACAAGGCGACCAUGGAGCUGAAUGAAGCCAACCUUCAAACACUCACAGAAUUCCUGAGGAAAACAUUAGACCCUGAUCCAGCCGUCAGGCGACCAGCUGAGAAGUUUCUGGAGUCGGUGGAGGGGAGUCAGAACUACCCAAUCUUGCUGCUCACUCUGCUGGAGAAAUCCCAGGACAACGUGAUCCGGGUGUGCGCCGCUGUCACGUUCAAGAACUACAUCAAGAGGAACUGGCGCAUCGUGGAAGAUGAACCGAACAAAAUCUCUGAAGCGGACCGAACUGCCAUCAAAGCCAACAUUGUAAAUCUGAUGCUGAGCAGUCCAGAGCAGAUUCAGAAACAGCUGAGCGAUGCCAUCAGUAUUAUCGGCAGAGAGGACUUCCCACAGAAGUGGCCCGACCUUCUGACGGAGAUGGUGAACCGUUUCCAGAGCGGAGACUUCCACAUCAUUAAUGGAGUCCUGCGCACUGCUCAUUCACUUUUCAAGAGGUAUCGGCAUGAGUUCAAGUCUAACGAGCUGUGGCUGGAGAUUAAGCUUGUCCUAGACACGUUCGCCCAACCACUGACAGAGCUCUUCAAGGCUACCAUCGAGCUGUGUCAGACUCACUCCACAGAUGUCAAUGCCCUGAAGGUCCUCUUCUCCUCUCUCACCCUUAUUUCCAAACUCUUCUACAGUCUCAACUUUCAGGAUCUUCCUGAAUUUUUUGAAGACAACAUGGAAACCUGGAUGACCAAUUUCCACAAUUUACUUACUUUAGAUAACAAGCUUCUCCAAACAGAUGAUGAAGAGGAGGCAGGUCUGCUGGAACUAUUGAAAUCUCAGAUCUGUGACAAUGCUGCGCUGUACGCUCAAAAAUAUGACGAGGAGUUCCAGCCAUACCUGCCCCGCUUUGUCACUGCCAUCUGGAACCUGCUGGUCACCACUGGACAGGAGGUCAAAUACGACUUGCUUGUUAGCAAUGCCAUUCAGUUCCUUGCAUCUGUGUGCGAGAGACCACACUACAAGCACCUGUUUGAGGACCAGAACACUCUGACUAGCAUCUGUGAGAAGGUCAUCGUUCCCAACAUGGAGUUCAGGAGUGCGGACGAGGAGGCUUUUGAGGACAACUCUGAAGAGUAUAUCAGAAGGGACCUGGAGGGCUCAGACAUAGACACUCGGCGCAGGGCAGCCUGUGACUUGGUGCGUGGCUUGUGCAAGUUUUUUGAGGGCCCAGUCACAGGCAUCUUCUCUGGCUAUGUUAACUCUAUGCUGGUGGAGUAUGCCAAGAACCCUGGAGUGAACUGGAAGCACAAGGAUGCUGCCAUCUACCUAGUGACGUCGCUAGCCUCCAAGGCUCAGACACAAAAGCAUGGAAUAACGCAAGCCAACGAGCUGGUGAACCUGACAGAAUUCUUUGUGAACCAUAUUCUCACAGACUUGAAGUCACCCAACAUUAAUGAAUUUCCAGUUUUAAAGGCAGAUGCCAUCAAAUAUGUCAUGAUUUUCAGGAGUCAGCUCCCCAAAGAACAGCUGCUCCAGGCUGUCCCUCUCCUGGUGGCCCACCUGCAGGCUGAGAGCAUCGUAGAGCACACCUAUGCCGCUCACGCCCUGGAGAGACUUUUCACAAUGAGGGGUGCCAACAACACCUCUACACUCAUCACAGCAGCAGAGAUGGCCCCUGUCACAGAGCAGCUGCUCACCAGCCUGUUCAAAGCCCUGGCCCUGCCCGGGUCCUCUGAGAACGAGUACAUCAUGAAAGCAAUCAUGCGCAGCUUCUCCCUCCUGCAAGAGGCCAUUGUGCCAUACAUCCCAACUCUCAUUGGCCAGCUCACUCACAAGCUCCUCCUGGUCAGCAAGAAUCCCAGCAAGCCGCACUUUAACCAUUACCUGUUUGAGUCGCUGUGCCUGUCCAUAAGGAUCACCUGCAAAGCCAACCCUGCCACGGUGGGCAGCUUUGAGGAAGCCCUUUUCCCUGUCUUCACAGAGAUCCUACAGAACGAUGUGCAGGAGUUUGUGCCGUACGUGUUCCAGGUGAUGUCCCUCCUGCUGGAGAUCCACUCCAGCUCCAUCCCCUCCUCCUACAUGGCCCUGUUCCCCCACCUGCUGCAGCCCGUGCUGUGGGAGCGCACCGGCAAUAUCCCCCCACUAGUCCGCCUGCUGCAGGCCUACCUGCAGAAGGGGGGGCCCACCAUCGCCAACACCUCUGCAGACAAAAUCCCUGGCCUGCUUGGAGUGUUCCAGAAGCUCAUUGCCUCCAAGGCCAACGACCACCAAGGUUUCUACUUGCUCAACAGCAUCAUUGAACACAUGCCCCCGGAAUCCAUCACUCAGUACAGGAAACAGAUCUUCAUUCUGCUCUUCCAGAGACUGCAGAGCUCCAAAACCACAAAAUUCGUCAAGAGUUUCCUGGUCUUUGUCAACCUUUACAGCGUGAAGUAUGGAGCAAUAGCACUGCAGGAGAUAUUUGAUAGCAUACAGCCAAAGAUGUUCGGUAUGGUGUUGGAGAAGAUAGUCAUCCCGGAGGUGCAAAAGGUUUCUGGUCAGGUGGAGAAGAAGAUCUGUGCUGUGGGCAUCACCAAAGUGCUGACGGAGUGCCCAGCCAUGAUGGACACGGAGUAUACCAAGCUUUGGACUCCUCUACUGCAGGCUCUCAUUGGUCUGUUUGAGCUGCCAGAGGAUGACAGCAUCCCUGAUGAUGAGCACUUCAUCGACAUAGAGGACACACCGGGUUACCAGACUGCCUUCUCUCAGCUGGCCUUCGCUGGGAAGAAGGAGCAUGACCCCAUUGGAGAUGCCGUCAGCAACCCCAAAAUUCUGCUGGCCCAAUCCCUGCACAAGCUAUCCACUGCAUGUCCAGGACGGGUUCCUUCAAUGUUGAGCACCAGUCUGAAUGCGGAGGCUCUCCAGUUCCUCCAGGGUUACCUGCAGGCUGCCAGCGUGCAGCUGGUGUAGCAGAGAUCAAAAGCUGAGCCCCACGAACUGGAGGCUUGGUUACAGAGAGAGGCGGGGCACUGUGGCACUUGGGAGAGGCUGGGACCGAACGGGACAUGAGAACGAUUGACUGACUCGACUGACUGAACACAGAGACUGCUAUUAUGGUUCACUAGGUUUCAUCCAGGCUGUGUAUUUUUAUGGUUUUUUAAAUUCAUCAAACUGUAAGAUAAAAAAAAAAAUCAAGAUGGGAAGAAGCAACUUUUAAGCAAGUUUAAACCGUCAGAGCUUCUCAAACUGGAGCUGUCUGUGUUCCCUUGACUUGGCUGGAAAAUCAGCUUAUUACAGUGUGGAGAGGGUAAACAUAACAGAGCUAUCUUCAGUACACACUCAAAACCAUAGUGUCCAUGCUAUAAGUGGAUUUGUGUAACUGCAUGUCAGUCUUAGCAUUGAUGCAGUAAAUGAAAACAUUAAGCGUGUUCUUCCACCCACUUUUUUUGGAAUAAUGCAAAACAAGCCAGUGUUGACGGUGACAAAGCGACAAAUUUUGACGGCACUUGGAAGUCCCCUGGCCUAGAUCUGUCCUGCACAGCUGUCUGCAGAAUUCAUGGGAAACUGUCAUUUUUUUGGUUCUUAUGGAGAUCUGUUUUCACCCCGAGUUGAGGGCUUUAGUUGUGUAGUGCUUAUUUGCCAGGGAAGCUUUAUUUUCCACAUCUGUUGCAUCUAA